AUGGCAUGGCUAGACGAAGAUUAUAAAUUCAUCUACAUUGAUGUCGAAUCACAAGGAAGCGCAAGCGACUCGACGAUUUUUAAAAAUUCGAAUACAGGUAGAAGGCAUCAAGAGAAUUUAUUAAAUAUUCCGAUUGAACGAAUUCUACAUAAUGAUGAAAAUGGAAAAAUAAUGCCUUUUUGCAUUGUAGGUGAUGAAGCCUUUGGUCUGUCGAAAAAUAUCUUACGACCGUUUUCUAAGAGAGGACUUAUAGUUGCCAAAAGAAUCUUUAAUUAUCGACAUGCAAGAGCACGUCGAAUGGUGGAAUGCACAUUUGGAAUACUGUGUAAUAAAUGGAGAAUUCUACACAGACCUAUCGAUGUUAACAUAGAAUUUUGUGAUAAGAUUGUAAUGGCUUGCUGUACAUUAGAUAACUAUGUACGCGUUAGAGAUGGAAUUCAAUACCCAGAUACCGCGUACGAAUGUACGCUCAGCAAUACGUCUACACAUCAGUGGCAUCGAAAUAUGUCCUGUGUCAAUAUAAGAAAUUAUUUUACUUCUUAUUUUAUUUCACCACAAGGAUCCGUACCGUGGCAAUAUGAAAAAAUAUAA